AUGACUGAGGAAACACCCAGCAGCGGAGGCCCUGCAGCUGGGAGUGCAGGCGGUGCCCCCGCUGCUGCUGCAAGCAACAAGAAAGCAGAUGCUAAUGCAGGCGCAAACCAGCCUCCCAAGAAGAAGCGCUCCCCCAACAGGCUUGUGGUGGAGGAGGCUAUCAAUGACGACAACUCGGUGGUUGCUUUGAACCCCUCACGUAUGGAAACCCUGCAGAUAUUCAGGGGUGACACGGUGCUGCUUCGUGGCAAGAUGCGGCAUGACACGGUGUGCGUCGUCCUGGCCGAUCAGGAUCUUGACGAAGGAAAGAUCAGACUUAACAAAGUCGUCAGGAAAAACCUGCGCGUUCGACUGGGAGAUAUUGUCCAUGUCAGCGCAUGCGCGGAUUGUCCGUAUGGGAAGCGGAUACACGUCUUGCCACUUGACGAUACGAUCGAGGGCAUAACGGGUGGGCAUCCCACUUUGCGUGGCAAUUUAUUUGAGAUUUACCUCAAGCCGUACUUCAUGGAGGCCUACAGGCCCGUGCGCAAGAACGACCUAUUCCUUGUGCGCGGUGGCUUCAGACCUGUUGAGUUCAAGUGGCUGAUGCGGCUUAAUCAAGACCGAAGUGCUUGCGCUCCAUCGCAGGUUGUGGGAGUGGACCCCGGGGAAUUUUGCAUCGUGGCACCGGACACCGUCAUCCAUUGUGAGGGUGAACCUGUUAAGCGGGAGGAGGAGGAGCGGCUGGACGAGAUCGGCUAUGAAGACAUCGGAGGAUGCCGCAAGCAAAUGGCGCAGAUCCGCGAGAUGAUUGAACUGCCGCUGCGCCACCCAACUCUUUUCAAGACCCUGGGCGUUAAGCCGCCACGUGGCGUACUGCUGUAUGGCCCUCCAGGUGGGUGGACAACAGGGCAUGUGCUCCCAGCUGCAGCUGUAAUGAAGAGUAGUUCCUGCCCAGGCCGUGAAGCCUCUGUGCAGAUGUUGCAGACGUUCUGUGCAGACGCCGGCGAAUGGUCAGCAGUGGACGACUUGUCGCGAUGCGAAGGGGCUUGUGCGGGCCGCGCGGAUUCAGGGGAAGCGGAGGCCAAUUUGCGUCGAGCAUUUGAAGAGGCUGAGAAGAACGCUCCUGCAAUUAUCUUCAUCGACGAAAUUGACUCUAUCGCACCAAAGAGAGAGAAGACGAACGGAGAGGUGGAGCGGAGAGUGGUCUCGCAGCUGCUGACGCUGAUGGACGGCCUGAAAGGCAGGGGCCAAGUGGUUGUGAUCGGAGCCACGAACCGCCAGAAUUCCAUUGACCCGGCGUUGCGGCGUUUCGGUCGGUUCGAUCGUGAGAUUGACAUUGGCGUGCCAGAUGACAACGGACGACUCGAAAUCCUCCGCAUUCAUACUCGCAACAUGAAACUGGGCCCGGACGUCCGCCUGGAAGAGCUCGCCUCGAGCACUCACGGUUUUGUGGGAGCCGACCUGGCGCAGCUUUGCACUGAAGCAGCUCUGUCGUGCAUUCGAGAGAAGAUGGACUUGAUUGACCUGGAAGAUGACACCAUAGAUGCUCAGGUGCUGAGCUCCAUGGCGGUCACUCAAGAACACUUCUCUUCGGCGCUACAGAGUUGCAACCCGUCGUCGCUGAGAGAAACGGUCGUGGAGGUGCCCAACGUUAAGUGGGAUGACAUUGGUGGUCUGGAGGAGGUCAAGAGAAAUUUGCAAGAAAUGAUUCUUUAUCCAAUAGAUCAUCCUGAGAAGUUUGAGAAGUUUGGUAUGAGCCCAAGUCGCGGUGUGCUCUUCUAUGGACCUCCGGGGUGUGGUAAAACUCUGUUGGCGAAGGCGGUUGCCUCUGAAUGCUCUGCAAACUUUAUUUCCAUCAAGGGUCCCGAGUUGCUGACGAUGUGGUUUGGUGAAUCCGAGGCCAACGUCAGAGAGGUGUUUGACAAGGCGAGAGCUGCGAGCCCUUGUGUUCUGUUCUUCGACGAGCUCGACUCGAUUGGCACGCAGCGUGGGAACAACUUGGGUGAUGCGGGUGGCGCCGGUGAUAGAGUUAUGAAUCAACUGCUGACGGAAAUAGAUGGGGUGGGCCCUAUGAAGAACCUCUUCUUUGUGGGGGCAACUAAUCGACCUGAACUGCUGGACGAGGCACUCCUUAGGCCGGGACGUCUCGACCAGCUGAUCUACAUUCCCCUGCCAGAUCUACCUGCGCGUGUUAGCAUUUUGCAAGCGACCUUGAGGAAAGCGCCUGUUGCUGCCAACGUGCCCAUACCUUUCCUGGCAAAUAAGACGGCGGGCUUUUCAGGGGCGGACAUCGCAGAGAUGUGUCAACGAGCUGCAAAGGCUGCCAUUCGUGACGCAAUUGCCGCCGAGGAACUCGCCCGGGCUGCGGGCACUGAAGGCAUGGAUGAGGAUGAGUCGAAUGUGAAGUAUGAAAUCACACGCAAACACUUUGAAGAAGGCCUCGCUGGAGCGCGGCGAAGUGUUUCGCAGACCGACUUGUCCAAAUACGACUCUUUCAGAAUGAAGUUCGACCCUAUCUACAAGAGCCAGGCGGCAGGGGGUGACGGAACUAUCAUUGUUGAUUGGCCCAACACAGACGGCGCAGCGACGGACGUGGGGCGAGUGGACGAAGGCGACGAUGACGAUUUGUACUCAUAG